AUGGAUAAGGAAUUAAUUAUUGAUUGCCAACAUAACAAAGAUACUAUUAGUUUAUAACUAAAUCAAACUCGAAGAACACAACAUGACAUCUUACUUAAAAAGUCGUCUCCAUGUUUACAUUUUCCAUAAUCGAAAUAUGGGAUCAGACAACCCAUUCAAUUAAAAAACCCUCUGCUCAUUAAAUCAAUGUUUCAGACUCAGAAAUUCCUCAAGCUAAAAGAUUCUUCAAUUCCUAUUUGCACUCUUAAAACACUGCCUGCUUAACCAAAUUUUUCUUAUUAAACUGAUCGUAUUCACAGUAAAUGUCCUGCAUUUAAAAGCAUUCGUUUGAAAUCAGGAUUUAAACAAUCAAGACAUUAAAAUGAGGGCCAAAUAAGAAUUGAGACAGCACCUGCUAUGUGUUUCGUUGUCAAACCUAUUUAAAACCUAAAUUUGCUAUGA